UAUGCAGACCAGGUGGAAAGGUCGCCUUCUUCAUCUCUGCGACACCGGCUAAACCUCACCACACCACAGCGCAAUACCGACAGUGAAGCCAGUUUAUGGCGUCGUCGGAUACUUUAGCCAAAGACGAGAGUCUUCCUACCAUUCUGUGGAACCGGAGGCCAGUAGCAAAGAGAGCCCACUCUAGUGAUAUCAGCAGUGAUGAAGGGGCAGGAGGUGACGAGGACUAUUUCGCAGCGUCUCGACUGUACGAGUACCGCUGGCCACCGGAGCAGGAGAGAGCUGAGCUCUACUUCCUCCAGGAACAGGUGGCAGAGUUCCUACGAAUACGAGGAAUACAGCGGAAGUACCCAGAUCUUGUGAGAAGGAAUGUUGAUGUACCGGAAAAGAAGUAUCUGAUGCACAAAGGAGUGGUGACUGAGACACAGAGCAACAUGGGUCUGGUGGCUGUGAGGAGUGAGGAUGUACUGGAGGUCAUGAGUGAAGACUUUCCUGACAAGUACCAAGAGUACAUGGCUGUAGUCCAGGAGAGAGAGUUCCAGAACACUCUCCAACGCCGUAUACUGGAGACACGAAAAAUUGCCCUCAUGAGGGAACAACAGGUGCAUUGUACUUUACGUUUCGUGCUGUUUUUAUGUUUUUGUUGGGCAGUAAGUGUGUCAUCGUAUUCUCCUAAACGGGACUAUGUGAAUGAUGUGGACACUUUGUAACUGAAAGCUUCCAACAUCCAUAAAAUACGCUCGAAAUUUCUUAGGUAUGUAAGUGCACAUUUAUCAUACUGGGGAACUAGGUACAUAAAUAAUAGUUAGAU